UUUGCACAGCAACAACGUACGGGUGAUCAUUAUAUAGAAAGCACGUACGGUACUCUGAGCUCGCGGCUGGUUAUAACUUAUAUUCUGUGUGUGACAACUGUGGAAUACCGUGAUGAGAACCAAAACAACAACGAUAUAAAAUUAACAAGAUUGAUGAGAACACCGUGAAAUUAAAGCCUAACCAUCACACAAUAUGACAGACGAAAAGAAACGAGAUGAAAGUGCGGGGAAGGAUAAGGUGGCCAUCGAAGACACCGCUUUUGAGGCCCUGGAGAAGGACUUCCAGGAGGUCCUCAAUGAGCUCAUGGGCGAUAAGAGUCUGGAGAAAUUUAGGUCAGAAUACGAGAAGCUCCACCGAGCCCUAAAGAAAUCCCACGAAAGCGAAAAACGGCUGAUGCAUAAAUGCAGGGAGCUCAACGCAGAGAUUGUGGCCAACUCUGCCAAGGUCUCUACCGCCCUCAAACUCUCACAGGAGGACCAGACAACCAUUGCACAAUUAAAGAAGGAGAUUGAGAAAGCCUGGAAGAUGGUCGAUGCAUCCCAAGAGAAGGAACAGAGAGCCAGGGAGACCAUCCAGUCUCUCAAACUAGAGAUCACGAACCUCAGUCGUCUGGUGGAGCAGGGUGCAGGACUUACCAUGGGUCAAGAACACAGUGUAAACGAGCUCCUGAAGGUGAAGGAAGAUCUGACCAAGGAGAGAGACGAACAGCUUUCUGAGAUUGUCAAGCUCCGAGACAACUUGACUGAAGCCAGCAAGAAGCAGACCAAGGCUGAGGAGGACAGGAAUGAAGCUGACAGCAAGAUCGCUGAGCUGAACCAAGACAUCCAGGUCCGCAGCAACGAGGCCCAGAGGGAGCAGCGUCGCAAGGAGAAGGUGGACCGGGAGCUCAAACAAUCCAAGAUGGAGCUGGAACAGAAGACCAACGAGAUAAAGGGUAUGCAGACCCAGUCCGGACGCUACAAGGAUGACAUCUCACGUCUGGAGACGCAGCUCAAAGAACAGAAGAUCCUGUACGAGCGCACCCAGAAGGACACUGACAUCCUGAAUGCCCGUUUCACCAAGCUGCAGCAAGAUUACGAGACCCAGCUUCUCAACUGUGAUGGCCUGGCUCAAGAGAAUCAACACAGGGUCAAUGAACUUAAGGCCAAAGAGGACGAGAUAGGGAACCUGAAGGGUGACACCACUCGCCUCACCAAGAUGCGGGAGACCAUUCAGCGUAAGCUGCGCAACGUGGAGGAGCAGAAGGGAGAGACGGAGCAAGCCAAAGAAACCCUCAAGUCACAGAUUGUUGCACUGGAGAGAGAGAUUGAUUCUAACAAGAAACAAACGGAGAUGGAUCGUAAGGCCAUUGACGACUUGGUCCGUGAGAGGGACAUCCUCAACAAGAACUUGCUCAAGGCUGCCAGCGCCACCCAGAAGCAGCUGAACCUGGUCAAGCUGCAUGAGCAAUCCAAGAAAAACCUGGAGCAGGAGAUUGCCAACUACAAGGAGGAAGCUCAGAAGCAGCGUAAGAUCAUCUACCAGCUGGAGAAGGAGCGUGAUCGCUACAUCAACGAGGCCAGCGACCUCACCCAGAAGGUUCUGCAACACAUGGAGGAUGUGAAGGUGAGAGAGAUGCAGAUCUUUGACUACAAGAAGAAGAUUGCAGAGGCCGAGACCAAGCUAAAGCAGCAGCAGAACCUCUACGAAGCCGUCAGGAGCGACCGUAACCUCUACAGCAAGAACCUCAUUGAGUCACAGGAUGAGAUCACUGAGAUGAAGAGGAAGCUGAAGAUCAUGAACCACCAGAUCGACCAGCUGAAAGAGGAGAUCACCGCCAAGGAGGCUGCCCUUGUCAAGGAACAUCUCGAUCACCAGAGGGUUGAGAAAGAGAAGGAAGCCCUGAAGGCAGAGCUACAGCGUAUGAAGCAGCAGGCUUCAGAGAGCAAGGCUUACAUCGAGGCCCAGGAGGCAGAGGAGAGGAAGCUCCUCAAGAUCAUCUCCGAGGCUGAUGCUGAGAGGCUCAGACAGAAGAAAGAAUUGGACCAGGUCAUCAGCGAGCGUGACAUCCUGGGCACCCAGCUGGUGCGACGCAACGACGAGCUGGCCCUGCUCUAUGAGAAGAUCAAGAUCCAGCACUCCACCCUGGGCAAGGGAGAGCUCCAGUACCGCCAGCGUCUGGAGGACAUCAGGCUCCUCAAGCUCGAGAUCAAGAAGCUCCGCAGGGAGAAGAACAUCCUCAACAAGAAUGUGGCCAAUGUCGAUGACCUCAGGCGUGAAGUGUACCACCUGCAGCGUGAGCUGCUCCGGGAGCGCACCCGUUGCAAGGCCCUGGAGGAGGAGCUGGAGAACCCCAUGAACAUCCACCGCUGGAGGAAGCUGGAGGGAUCCGACCCCAGCACCUACGAGAUGAUCCAGAAGAUACAGACCCUGCAGAAGAGGCUCAUCCAAAAGACGGAGGAGGUGGUGGAGAAAGAGCUCCUCAUCCAGGAGAAGGAGAAGUUGUACGUGGAGCUGAAGCAUAUCCUAGCCCGCCAGCCAGGACCAGAGGUGGCUGAACAGCUUCAGAUCUACCAACAGACACUCAAAGACAAGACCAAACAGCUCAAGGGAAUGGCAUCGGAGCUGAACAUGUACGAAUCCCAGGUCCAAGAGUACAAGUACGAGAUAGAGAGACUCGCCAAGGAGCUGCAGGAUGCCAAGAAGAAGUACUAUGCCCAGAAACGAAAGGAACAGCAAGCAAGAGAGCGGGACAGAGCCUUAGCGCAAGCUGGAGCGCCACCUAUCCAGCCGCAACGAACAGACGGUCCUAGGUUCACAGGAGGGGGCUUCAACUUGAAACAGACCGGGAAAGUAGGCGCUAGCUGAAGACUCUACCCGCCCCCAAUUUAACCCAGCCAUAUUAUUAUAUCUAUUAAGAAUAUUGUAUUCACCAAAUCUAUUUUGUGGAAAAUUAUCACUUGUUACCGCCUAAUAUUGCUAAUAUUUGGUAUUGGCACUUUGCUAUUAAUCAUUAUGUCUGUUCCUGAAGUAAUUAUAGACGUUGUUUUAGAGGGAAGUGAAGAAAUGGGUGGGAACUCCAAUUGAGAAUGUUAAAAUUUGGAAUGAAAUGGUGGUUGACAAAAUUCCCAGCAAUUGCAGCUGGUAGCCUGAAUAUACAGAUUUCAAUAUUCAAUUCUACAAGUACAAUCUAUGAUCUCAUUGUGAUUUUGUUAUCAUUCUCUCAUAUUCCUGGCAAAAACACACCCCAACUGAACCUAGACAAUACAAAAUGAUAAUCCAGUAUACAACCAAAAAUGUGCUUUUUGAAGUGUAAUUCUUAUCAUUCUGCAUUAUACAUGUACAUUUUUCUUUUUCCUUAUCUGAAAGAUAUAAGCUCUUAUCAGUUCAGAGGAUACUACAUAUAUCAAACAUGCAUUUUCUAGAUGGUUUAAUAUAUAUAGUUUAUACAAACAUGCUUGUUUUGCCCAUAUAUUGUAUCACAUAUAUUAUGAAUAACCCAUUCACUUCAAGCCGUCCAUAUCUUUAUUAUAUGCAAAUUGAAGACCUUGCUGUUUAUAUCUUGAAAUAAAAUGAAACUUUCACUGAAAA